UCGGCAAAUGACGCGUGUUCUGUUAGCGUUGGUCCCAAAGCCCCUUGGUUACGGUUAAAGUCUCGCCUUAUCAGACUGCACACAGUCUCGCCCGAGACUGCUUCUACACAAAGUCGGUCGCUCUUCGGGCCCAGCUGAGAUGCGGUGCCCCUCUGCAGCAAUACAUUGAGAGUGCCGAUAUCUUACAUUGAGAGUGCCGAUAUCUUACAUUGAGAGUGCCGAUAUCUCAGCCCUGCCCAAGUCUCGCGUGCACACGAGGUGACCGCCUCCCGCUGCUGGAGUGCCCAUGGCACGUGCACAGCAGAGGGACUCGUGGUGACUCAAAGCCACGCGGUGGAUUCCUGUUGCUGUGGUGACGGCAAGCCCGUGGAGACGCCAGCCACGUGCUGCCAAGACGCCAGCCACGUGCUGCCAAGACGCCGUGCUGGAAAGAUCGCCUCUUGAUUUGGACGCAAGGCAGCGUGGUCGACAAGUGGCUGCAGCCCCAAGACGCGAAAUGGCUACAGAGGUUACUCAAGAAGAUGACUUGGCUGCCCACAUAACACAGCUGCACACGCUGGUGUCGGAGCUGAAGGAGGGCUUCACGGGCGCCGUGCAGGAGUUGGCUCGGAUCCAGUAUGGGGACUCGUACCUGGAGGAGAGGAUUGAGCGCGACCGCGCCGAGUGCGCCCAGCAGACGCAGCAGCUCAAGGAGCUGCUGAUGGGGCUCAAGGAUGAGCUGGCGGACGUGGCGGUGCAGCUGCGGAAGGUGUCGGAGCGGCAGGCGAGCCUGGAGCAGCAGGUGGAGGCGCUCGCGAGCGAACGCUCGUGUGCUCCAGCGCAGCGGCAGACGCCCGUCACGCGCAGGGCUCUGUUUGCCGGGGCGGUGGCUGCCGCCGCCGCAUCGGCAGCCGCGGCUGCGCCCGAGCUGUCCCCGCGCUCCAGCUGCAGCAGCACGGACGCCCUGCCGAGCGGGAGCAGCGAGGUGACGGCCGACAGCGGCGUCCACUCCGAGGAGCCCGGCUCGCUCUCCUCCUCCUCCUGCCAGCCAGGCGUGCAGAUCUACCAAGAAUUUCAAGCAACACCCGGUUGCUUUGCCGUAUGAAGGAGGUGAGACCUGCAAAGCUCGGCACCGCAGAGAAGACGAGGACGCGCCACAGGCACACGGCAGUCGGCCGC